AUGGCAGAAGAACACUCACCAUUAUCUUCAUGUGCUCCUACCUCUGUGGAAGAAGAGCAAUUCAAAAACAGAAAUUUGAUAAUUUUCUCUGUGGCUGCAGACGCCCACAAAGAUGCCUUGACUGAAACCCCCAAGACUCUGUCCACUUUUUCCAGGACCAAGUCUGGCACUGGCUCUGUCAAGAAGUUGGUAAUCAAAAACUGUAAAGAUAAACUUCUGGUGCUGGAAAAGUACACUGAAGAAACAUGGCAAAAAUUAAAGGAGGCUAUACAGGCUAUCCAGAACAACGUCUCCAUUAAAUACCACCUGGAAGAACUCUACCAGAUUGUUGAAAAUAUUUGCUCCUUCAAUUUAUCUGCAAACUUGUAUAAACAACUGACGUGGCUUUGUGAACUCCAUAUGAAGGCACAAGUUCAUCAGUUCAGGGAGAAUUCUUUGGAUAGUGACUCUUUCAUAAAGAACAUUGAUCAAUGCUGGCAAAAUCAUUGCAGGCAAAUGAUCUUGAUCAGGAACAUUUUUCUGUUCCUAGAUAGAACUUAUGUUUUUCGGAAUCCAGAGUUACAUUCUAUUUGGUAA